AUGAUUUCAAAUUUUUCUAUAGAGCUUGAAAUCGUAGGGAAGAACAGUAUGUUGUACGAUCCAGUCAAUAACCUGCCUUAUCCCUGUGAUUCUGAAGCGAAGCCCAAGAAAAGAGAUUUUAUUAAGCGAAGAUUUCUUGAAAGGAAAGACCUAAGAAGGUUCUUACGGGCAGAUGGCGACAGCAUUCCUAUCAAACUCCCGCCAUGUCCUUUCCCAAAUGGCACUCAGGAACAUCGCUGGGAAAAAAGUACGUGUUCACGUAAGAUAAUGUAGAGUUGUUUGAUUCAGUGAUACAGUUAUGGUGUGUUGGUUUCAGUAUGUGUGUCUUUCAUCUCUAUGACUUGGGCUCAAUUGAUGAUUCCCCUUAUUACGUUUUCGUAGCGCUUUGCAUUGUGGUUAUAGUGGUAUCACUGAUAAAGAUAUGGUUAUAGUGGUAUCACUGAUAAAGAAUAUCAGUGAUACCACUAUAACUACAAUGCAAAGCGCUACGAAAACGUAAUAAGGGGAAUCUAGUAUUCCUGCGAUAUUAUGGUGUGUUUCACGUUGACAAAUAAAAUAAUUUGGCGUUAGACAGUAAAAAAGUAUAUCAUUAAACAGUGCCGAGUCUGGGUAUGGAAAUAUGUUAAUAAGGAGUUACGCUUUGCAUUAUCUUCGAGUUUCAUCCUAGUAAAGAAGGGGACGUUGAUGACACAGUGUUCAGUACAUUAUCUUUCAUCUCUGUGACUGAGAUUUAAUUCCUGCAAUAUACAAUUGUCUCAUUAUAAUUUCACUUUAGUCACAUGUGAGAAGUAAUAUAUGAACAACGAGUAGUUUAUAUGGCUUCUCAAAUGAAUCGAGACGUAACAGAAUGUUUUCGUUUGCUGAUUUGAAUAGAAUUCUUAACCAAGCAUAACGUAAUUAGGAAUUCUAUUCAAGUAAUUUUGCAUGCAUAGUUAAGAUAUUUGAUGAAAACACUAGUGACUUUCAUCAAGUUUCACCGGGUUAUCCAAAUGGCAUCUUGUGAUCAAAUAGGUGAUUAUCGUUGGCUGAAUUGCUCAUGAAUUAUUAUGAAUUUGAGAAGAGUGCUUCCAGUUUGACUCUACCAAACAUCGCAUUCCUCCUGUAGUAACUCUGGAUGAACAAGAGAUUAGACUAGGGCGAUUUCCCUCCCUAUAUUUAGAAACUACUUUUAUUGCUUCUGGUAAAUGUUAGAUUAUUUUCUCUAUUUUAGCGAUAAAAAAAUCCAACAUGCCUGUGAAACUGAAACGUAAGAACAACAUCCAGAAACUAUGGUUUUCUAAGAAGCGAAAUGAUGUCAUUCGAAAAAGUAUGGUAAAUGUUUUUAUCCUGAAGUACCUAACUCCUCUAAAGACCCGCUCACACUUGCAAUUUUCGCUACGAUUUCUAGUGCGAUUUACGUCUUCUGAUGGAUGUGAACGAGUGAAUGUUCUAUUUCUGAGUUCAUGUACGCUCAUCUCAAUAUUCAUUACAUAUCAUCUACUCGUUCAUAUGGCGUAAAAAAAAACCGUGGUUCCGGUUUCAUAUCGUGAAAAAAAUAGGGUCGGUAGGUCGGAAAUACAUUUUUUUUUUAAUAUUUUUUUCAUGGUUUUGGCGGUUUUUUGAUGGGCGAUUUACAGUAGAGUUCUGGCAUCAAUAUUAACUAGAGAUGCGUAUUUCCUAUGGACGAAUUUAGGCAAUUUGGUUCAAUAAUUAUUGUGACAACAGACGCCAUUUUGGCACGCUGUAUGAGCAGCCCGCAACCACCUGGAGAAAAUAGGGUCGCAUGGUCAAUCGCGUUGAAAAAAUAAUAGGGUCGGCAGAAAAAAAUAGGGUCGGUCGGGAACCAGAACCACAGGUAUUUUUUUACGCCUAUUCAUCAGAAGAGGAAAAUCGUAAGUGUAAAAGGGCGUUAAGUGUCACCAUUGUCUAAACUUGGCUACCAUUUGCUGCUCUGUAACGCUCAUCAAAACUAAUACUUACUCCAACAAUUCGUUUUCAGUUUCCCCCAAAGAAGAAGCGAUUCGCGGCCAGCUCUACGCGGGAAUUGACGUCAUCACAGGCCAUGGUGUUGGUCUAUCAGGGGCGAGCCUGGGUGUCCUAAACAUGCUACCAUAUAUACAUGCGUUUGACACGAAGACUGGCAUGCCUUAUGUUUGUGAUCCGGAUAAGAAGAAGCCUGAUAAGAAGAUUGAUAAUCGAUGGAAGAUGAUUGUACCGCCUUGUCCUGAUUUCAAGAAAUGUUUGUUCCCGUGGAAUGAAGGUUGGUCGAGAUUCCUGGAAUUAUAAUUUCACCACAGUCACAUGUGAGAAGCGUGUUUUCAGUGUGAUUCUACUUGGCUCUCCGGUUUGUUCCUGGAUGAACAGUGAAGCUCUUAGAAGACACAUUUACAAUUAUAUUACCAGUAUGAAUAAAGUUAGUUUAGUUUCCUGCUGCAGUAACACUGGAUCAAUAAGAGAUGAUCCUUAGUGGACCUCUAGGAAGAACAGUUUAGAACUGAUAGAGCAUCCAGUAUAAAUAAAGUUACUUUAGCUUAGGUCCCCUCCCGUAGUAACACUGGAUCAAUAAGAGAUGAUUCUUACUGGACCUCUAUGGAGAACAGUUUAUAACUGAUAGUGCCAUCCAGUAUCAAUAAAGUUAGUUUACGUUUCCUCCUGUAGUUACACUGGAUAAAUAGGAGAUGAUCAUUACUGGACCUCUAGGGAGAACAGUUUAGAACUGAUAGAGGUACCCACUAUGAAUAAAGUUAGUUUAGUUUAGGUUUCCUCCUGUAGUAACACUGGAUCAAUAACAGAUGAUCAUUACUGGACCUCUAGGGAUAACAGUUUAGAACUGAUAGAGCUAUCCAGUAUAAAUAAAGUUAGUUUAGUUUAGGUUUUCUCCUGUAGUAACACUGGAUCAAUAAGAGAUGAUUCUUACUGGACCUCUAGGAAGAACAGUUUAGAACUGAUAGAGCUAUCCAGUAUAAAUAAAGUUAGUUUAGUUUAGGUUUCCUCCUGUAGUAAGACUGGAUCAAUAAGAGAUGAUCCUUACUGGAUCUCUAGGAAGAACAGUUUAGAACUGAUAGAGCUAUCCAGUAUAAAUAAAGUUAGUUUAGUUUAGGUUUCCACUUUCCUCCUGUAGUAACACUGGAUCAAUAAUAGAUGAUCAUUACUGGACCUCUAGGACGAACAGUUCAGAACUGAUAGAGCUAUCCGGUGAUAAGCUUGUUUAAAUGAACUAUUUGUAUGUCUUUUUACAGCAAAGGAUUGUAAAACAUCUGUUGAUAACAACUCGCCAGAAUCUCCCAAACGACGUUGGAUUAUAAAGAGAGUCAUUUGGCUCCCAGCAGUAACACCUCGGAGUAAGAAGAACAAGGAAAUCUGA